GGCUCCUUGGCCGUGAUUCUGACUGUGAGCACACCCUGAGUGUGGUGCUUCAGUUCAAAAAAGUGAGUGCAGAAGCAACACCCCUGGGCCUUUCCGACCACUCGUGUGUCGGGGAUCUCCUGUAACCUUUGCACUCUGGGCGCCGAGAAAGUCUUCCCCUUUUCUUUUUUUCGUUUAUAUUGCUUGGAAACUCUUGGAACAACCAUUCCCGUUACUCCAUGCCCCCACCCUCCGCCCUUCCGUUGGCAGCCAAGUAGCAUUUGCGCCCUUUGUGUGGAAGUGGCGCGUCUGAGCGUAGAAACCAGCCAUGGCAGGCGCAGCAGAGCUGCUCUAUGGUUGCCACAGCGCUUUGGAGCUUUUCUUUGGAUCUUUAAUGGUUCUGCGCGGGCGAGGCUCCAUGGACCCUGUCGAGGGGAGCACUGCACGUGCCCGGCUCUACCGGCGCUGGCACGGUUGUGGCUUGGUGGCCUUGAGCAGCCUGGGGAUUUUGAUCUUGCUGAAGGGAAAAGUGCACGAAGAAGCCACGUCCUGCAUUUCUGCCGCCCUCACCAUCUUUCACGGCGGAUGCGUGGCCGUCCACGCUUUGGCGGCCACCGAAAGCGCUGCAGCGCCCAAAUCCCUGGGGGGCGUGGCCUGGAAGGAAGCCGCGCUCUCCCCGCAUAUUCCUUUGACCAUUGGCUUUGCUGCUCACGCGGCAGGGAUGUUGCCUUGAGAUAGCAGCAGUUAAGCAGGGUGGGCCGCGCAAGGGUUCCACAAUCAGAAAAACCAAACCAUCUCUUUUACAUGGUUUUGAGCCCUGGCUUGUUGGGGUCCCAUCUUGGUGUAUGAGUUUCUGCAGAACAUGCUGCAGCAGAUCUCGGCCGAAAGGCUUCGGGACCGAUCUUGCCCUACAGAAGGAUCACUUCCACCUACGGAAGGAUCGCUUGGUCCAAAGAGACCAACAAGAAUCUGGGUGGGGCUGUCGCCUCACUGUCGCCUCACGAUAGAAUCGUUUUCCUUCACCAAAAA